AUGGCAGCUAAACCAAAUACUGAUGCUGAUGAAGUCUUUGAAUUCUUAGAUUCUUUGCCAGAAGCAAAGAAAAAUGAUCAAAAUGAUCAAUCAAAGGAUAAUGGUAAAAAAGAUGAAGAUAUUCUGGACUUUUUAGAUGAAUUGGAAAAAAGUAAUUUAGAACUAAAUAAGAAUAAAACAAAUAGUGGUGAUAGUGCUAAUAAUAAUAAAAACAAGAAGAAAGCAUCAAAUAAUACAAAACAAGAAUCAAAACCACAAUCAGUUGGCAAAGAAGAAACUAAAAAGGCACCAAUUAAAAAUAAUGAGCAAAAACCUGUAAAGGAAGAAAUUAAGGAGGUACCUUUAGAUGAAGUUACAAACAAAGAAGAAUCUAUUAAUGAAAAUCAAGAACAAGAUUCAGUUCCUAAGGAAGGUACCCCAUUAAAUGAUCCUAUUACCUCUUUUUCAAAUUGGUGGUCCUCUUCAGGGUCUGCUGCAGUAACUAAUAUUUGGAAUAAAACUCAAAAACAAGCUUCAGAAUUACAAAAGAAAAUUGUAGAUGAACAAUCACAAAUUCCAAUAAAAGAAUUGACCUCUUUAACUUCCAAAUUAAAGACAUCUACAAUCACAGAUUUAGCAAAUAGAUUGCAAGAAAUUGUUGUGGGUGAAACUGAAGAAGUUUUAAGAAUUCAUUUAGUGCAUGAUUUAGUCAAUUAUCCACUGUUGCAAUACCAUGUCGAACAGAAAUUCCAUGAUGUUUUAAGUUCACAAGUUCAAGGUGGUAUCAGAAUCUUUGUAGAUGAAUGGACUAAUCCAAAUGAAAGAGAGUUAUAUGAAAAAGAAGUCGAGCCAACUUCAAAAGAAUCUAAAAAAAGACAAUUGAAUAUGUUCAAUGGCAAGGUCGUUGAAGGUGAAAAAUUGGCAUUCGCAAACUUAGAUAAUGCUAUUAAAUUAUUUCAUAAAUCCCGUGAAAACAUCAUAAAACAGCAAAAGGAAGCUAAACUAGCAGAAACAGAUCAAGAUCAAGAGUCAAAACAAUCUGAUACAGAAGCUGGGGAUGAGGAAGAUAAUAUUAGUGAUAUCUUCAUUUCUAUCUUGCCUGUUUCCGUACCAGGAACUAAUAAGGAUGACCCAAUUAAAACUACCGAUGGUAACGCACCAGGUAACUUCAGCUUUAUUAUCGUUUUGAAGGAUAUCACUAAUGAUAUCACUUCUAUUACUAGAUCUCAAGGUUACCCAUCAAAGUGGGCUGGCUGGUUAGAAGGUAGUUAUGAGUUGACCUCAAAAGAUGACGCAAUUUCUCAAGCCAAGGAGAAAGAUGAAAAGAAAAAACAAAGUAGUUCCAAUGAAGAAGAUGAAGAAGAUGAAGAAGACGAAUCAAACAAUAUAGAUCCUAGCGAAUGGGUUAAAGAAUGGAUCGAAGAUGGUUUGAGUUUGACUUUUGGUAUUGCUGCUCAAAACUAUGUUAUCGAAAGAAUGGGAUUCUAA